UUUAACAUAAUUUUAUUUUUAAAAACUUAUUUAGUGUAACAUAUGUUGGGUAAGCGGGUACACACCAGUUCCGAGUCCAUAAAAUCGAGAAUUGGAAUUGAAAUCGAUUGCAACCGAUUCCUUCAUUUAUUACCCGAAAUUAAAACCACCGGGUUCAAUUCUAAUUCCGAACCCGCCAAUUCCUAACCAUUUUCGAUUCCAAUUUUAGUUAUCAGGAAUUUUUGCUCACCCCUACCUCCCACCCCUAACUUCAUUCUCCUACACAUCUCAUUUUCCAAACCUCUUUUUCUCACGCUUCUAGAUUACAUUCAAACUUUCAAAUCAUUGUCUCCUUUUACCACAAAAAAAAAAAAUAAAAAAAAAUAAAUAAAAUAUUUUCUCACCACCCUUUAAAUUCACUCCAUACCUUUAAUUUUUUUUUUUUCCUCUUUAUUAAAAAAUAAGAAAAGGUACACAUUUUUAUCCAUUUCUCCCCACUACAAAUACCAUUUUCCCUCCCUUCUUUAUUCCACACUUCUAAAAAAAAUGCAAAACACCAUUAUUCCUCCCUAUUUCUCAAAACCAACAAUAGAGGAAGAACAAAUUGAAGAAGCUCAAAAACUAUUACACUACCACAAUGAAAUAGAUGAUCAUCAACAACUAGACAAUCUCUCACUCCGCGAUCUCCCUAUCGCCAAUUCUUCAUCACCCCUUCCUCAACAUAACACCGCCACAAUCAACCACAGUCGUCAUUCCUCCACCUCCUCCUCCUCCGACCCUACCUCGGAUUUCUUCUUCGAGUUCCUCAUCAACAAUGACGAUGACCUCAUCACCUCCACCGCUGAUGACGUCAUCUUCCACGGUCGUCUUCUUCCUUACAUUCCUCCUCCUAGACCUCGGCGUUCUCUUUCUCUCUCCUCUGCCGCGGCUCGCUUGACUCGUCCUCAGCUCAAUGAGUCAUCAUCAUUAUCACCUCCUAACUCGUUUCCGAGUAUUCGGCCUAGCCGCUCUCUUAACUACCGGAAACUACGUCGGAAUCGGUCCAACACGAAGCCCAAGACCGAGGCAAUAAAUAGAAGUUCGUGUAAUGGUAACACUCGGUUUAACUCAGACAAAAGUCCGGCGAAGUUGCCGUGGUAUUGGGCGUUGGUUUUCGGCUUACCGAAGAUUCCGGCCGAAAUGGAGCUCAAAGACAUUAAAAACCGGCAGUUUCGCCGGAAUUCUACUCCGCCGCCACCGCCGUCGUCGAGAUUUUUUUCCGGUGACCGGAGUUGCUCCUCUGCUUCUUGGAAACUUCUCAAUGUUUUGAGCUGUAAAAGUCAUGCCACGGUUGACGUGUCCAACACGGCACCUUUUCGUAAUUCCUUAUUUUGAAAUCAUUCUGAGCGAUUCAUCAGCUUGUAUCGAAUCCCGUCUAUAUUAUUGCCAUUUAUGACUAUUAAUCUGUAGACCGAAAAUGAAAAAAAGCUAGAGAGAGGAGGUUAGAUUGAAAAAGAGGCAUGAGAAGAAAGAAUGAUGUAAGCGUUGGAGAGUUAGAAGCGUAAUGGAGAAGAGAUAUAGUGUAUAGUAGUGGUUAUUACUUAUUAGUGGAGUUUGUGGAAGAUCAUGCUAAAUUUUAGGCAAUUAUUAUGUGCCCCCUUCUAUAUUUGUCAUCACUUGUUCAAAAGAAGCUAUUUUUUUAUUUUUAUUUUUCUAUAUAUAUUUCUUUUGAUGA